AUGGCACGCUUGAGCUUCCUGCUCCUCGGAGCCCUCUCAACACUCAGCGGCUUCGCCACUGCAAGCAACUCCGCAGUGAAAGACCUCCUCCCCACCAACUUCGACGAUGUCGUCCUGACCGGCAAGCCCGCGCUGGUUGAAUUCUUCGCUCCCUGGUGCGGCCACUGCAAGACCCUCGCCCCGAUUUACGAGGAGCUUGCGCAAACCUUCGCCUUCGCUGAAGACAAGGUCACCAUCGCCAAGGUCGACGCCGACGAGAACCGCUCGCUAGGCAAGCGCUUUGGUAUCCAGGGCUUCCCUACUGUCAAGUGGUUCGAUGGAAAGAGCGACAAGCCGGAGGAAUACAAGGGCGGUCGUGAUCUCGAGAGCUUGUCCGCCUUCAUCACCGAGAAGACCGGCGUCAAGCCUCGUAGCGCUGCGCAGAAGGAGGUUAGCAAGGUUGAGAUGCUGAACGAUGCCUCUUUCAAGACCGUUGUUGGUGGCGAUAAGGAUGUUCUGGUUGCUUUCACUGCGCCGUGGUGUGGACACUGCAAGACCCUCGCUCCUACCUGGGAAACCCUCGCCAACGACUUCGCCCUCGAGUCCAACGUUGUUAUCGCCAAGGUCGACGCUGAAGCUGAGAACUCCCGUGCCUUGAGCAAGGAACAGGGUAUUACCGGAUUCCCUACCAUCAAGUUCUUCCCCAAGGGCUCGACCGAGGCUGAGUCGUACUCCGGCGCUCGCUCCGAGGAGGCCUUUGUCAAGUUCAUCAACGAGAAGGCUGGUACCCACCGUGCCGUCGGUGGCGGUCUUGACAGCUUGGCAGGCACCAUCGCCGUUCUGGACGAGAUUGUUACUGAGAACGUCGCGGCGCAGAAGUUCGAUAAGUUGGUGGCUGAGGUUAAGAAGGCCGCCAAGGGUCUGCCAGACAAGUACGCUGAGUACUAUGUUAAGGCCGCGGAGAAGCUGAGCAAGAACGAGGGCUACGCUGUCAAGGAGCUCACUCGCCUCCGGAAGGUCCUGGCUAAGGGUGGCUCGGCCCCCGAGAAGCUGGAUGAUCUUCUCUCUCGCAGCAACAUUCUCAGUCGCUUUGUUGGCGAGGAGAAGCACGAUGAGCUUUAA